AUGCCUAUCACGAUCACUGGCAAAAGUAGUGUGGCGGCCCUUCAACUGGGAGGUCUUGGAAAAGCCAUUCCUCGCUGGAAGACGGGAUCGAAAAACACUGUCAAUUUUGCUGUCUUUGAGAACAGAUAUCCAAAGCAGGAGCUCGCUUUUCUAGCGGCAAAUAAGUUGAAAGAAGCCGCCGAUGAAUGGAAUUAUCUAGAACUCGGUGUGCAGUUUGAAUGGGUUUACAAGAUUGUUGAUGCCGCGUUCGUCCUUUCUUACGCAGAAAGUAACAUUCCCGGUGUCAUUGCUGAGGCCUUUUUCCCGAAUGAUCUGGAUCUGAAUAUACUGAACUAUCUAAAAAAUGUCUUCCUGCAUGAGCUGGGUCAUAUCCUCGGACUCCGUCACGAGUUUGCCCCCGAGGUGGAAGAUGGGAACAAGACAGGAAUGAAGUCACUGCAAUUCGGUCCACGAAACCCGACAUCAGUGAUGGCCUACGAAUUUCCUCCCACUAUACAAACCUCGGACAUUGACAGCGCUCAGGCGUUCUACCAUUCUUCUGGGAAGGGUCUCACGCAAGACAACAAAUUGAUACCUAUUGUGGACUAUGAGGCAAAUAAUUAA